CUCAACUGUGCGCUGAGGUGUGGGCCCAUAGGCCCACUGUUUUUUCCCCAAUUCUUGUUCCUCUUCCACUCGACCUCCUCCGCCGUACAAUCCCUCCAGCCGUCCAGCGAAGCAAAUCAAUCUUCCACUCGACCUCCUCCGCCGAACAAUCCCUCCAGCGAAGCAAGCCAGUCGCCUUGGAGGAAUUCUCUCCUAGUCCUCCUCCUCCCCACCUCUACCCAAGUGGUUUGAUCCAUACGGACGGGCCAAUUUCUUCUGUUGGCGACGAACCGCUAACCUGCUUGUAUUGUUCUGAGAUUUACCGUGAGUAAUUUAAUCCCCACAUCUCUUCCCGGAAUCUAUAUUUCAAUCCACCCCUCUUGUCGCGGUUUUCGUCCGAAGCGUAGGGUCAUAUUCCAGAAAUUUUGGGGUUAACAGUAACCCGGAAACCCCGCGUUUGAUCCGCCCCCAGCCCAGCUCCGCCACAUGUGUCAUAUUCUGAUGGGAUCGUAGGGCUUGUCUACGUUGCGCAUUGGCGAGGUCGAGACUUACAAUGGGCCAGAUGGUUUCGGAUGGUGUUGUGCAAGAACAGGCAGCUCGCAAUGGUGGGAUCAUUAAGAAUGGAAGGGAAAUCCUAUUCCAGGCAUUUAACUGGGAAUCUCAUAAACACAACUGGUGGAGUAAUUUAGAGGGCAGAGUUGCUGAUAUAGCUAAAUCUGGGUUUACGACAGCAUGGCUGCCUCCACCGACACAAUCGUUAUCUCCAGAAGGCUAUCUGCCACAGAACCUGUACAGCCUUGACUCUUGUUAUGGUUCUCUCGAACGGCUAAAUGCAUUGAUUCAGAACAUGAAUGAUCACAAUAUAAGGGCUAUGGCAGAUAUAGUUAUUAACCAUCGAGUUGGUACUACUCAAGGAUCCAAUGGGAUGUAUAAUCGUUAUGAUGGUAUCCCAAUAGCAUGGGAUGAACAUGCUGUUACAUCUUGUUCCGGUGGGAAGGGAAACAAAAGUACAGGCGAUAACUUCGAUGGGGUUCCCAACAUAGAUCAUACCCAACCAUUUGUACGGAAGGAUAUUAUUGAAUGGCUGAUCUGGCUUCGCGAAACCAUUGGUUUUCAAGAUUUUCGUUUUGAUUUCACGAAAGGUUAUGCUUCAAAGUUUGUGAAAGAAUACAUUGAAGAAUCAAAACCACUUUUUGCAGUGGGGGAAUACUGGGAUAGUUGUGAAUAUAGCGCCCCUGACAACCGUUUGAGCUACAAUCAGGAUAGCCAUAGGCAGAGAAUUAUCAAUUGGAUAGAUAGCACUGGAGGACUUUGUGCUGCGUUUGAUUUCACAACGAAGGGUAUUCUUCAGGAAGCUGUGAAAGGAGAGCUGUGGCGUCUGCGUGACCCUGAAGAAAAGCCGCCUGGUGUGAUGGGGUGGUGGCCUUCAAGAUCAGUUACAUUUAUUGAAAAUCAUGACACAGGUUCAACUCAGGGCCAUUGGCCAUUUCCAUCCGAUCAUGUCAUGGAGGGAUAUGCUUAUAUACUUACUCAUCCUGGCAUCCCCACGGUGUUCUAUGAUCAUUUCUAUGACUGGGGAGAUUCUUUCCAUGAUGAAAUUAAAAAACUGAUGGAGAUUAGAAAAUGCCAAGAUAUACAUAGUCGUUCAGCUGUGAAAAUCAUGGAGGCAAGCUCAAACCUGUACUCUGCAAUAAUCGAUGAUAAGUUAUGCAUGAAGAUCGGAGAAGAGUCCUGGUGCCCAACCGGCCCAGAGUGGAAAUUGGCUGCAUGUGGAGAUAGAUACGCUGUGUGGCACAAGUAGGCGGCUAUAAGCAGCACCGAUGUAACUUAUCUGCCGAAACAGAAGAUUAGCAUGGUAACUGAAAUACGUAACACAUAAUAUUACAGAAUACUCACACUUAUGAUAUGUGUAAGCGGAACCGGAUUGCUUGGUUUGUGAAGAGGCGCUGGCGCGACUCUCCUGCCUUAGUUGAGUCUGAGGACCAAGCCCAGCCGGCCACUUUAUCUGAAUGUCAAAAUUCCUGGCCAAAUUUCAAAAAUGAAAGAAAUUUGUAUGAGCA